ACGACGAACUUAAUAGUCUUGAUUGUUCUAACGGCUGCAGAGUGAGGAUGACCAGUCGCUGACGCCAUGGCGGCCAAACUUGAUUGCUCUGCGUGACUUUCACAGCGAGUUCAAGUGAGUUUCCUGAUUUGUCGCCAAUUGAACCACGCCCUUCACCACAGCUUGAAUCUUCGACUUCUACCUUGCGACAAACACCAUCACGUCACAUAACAAGAUACGGCAGUCGGCAGUCGGCAGCCAUCAUGGAUACGAAGCCGUAUCUCGAUACUGACGGCGCCCUCGGUCGCGCAGUCAUCAACAAGAAUGGCCAAAUCCAGCUCACCAAUCCCGUCCUGCCCGGCCCUCCAGCUCCAUCCACAGACCACAGUCUACGCCACUCUCUCGACGGCAAAAGACACGCGGCCGCUGCGAAGUUGCGCAAAGCUCUGCAUAUCAGCAAGCCUUCUGACACUUCUCCGACCGACACUCAGCCCAUCCUCGCAAACGACUCGACGGUCAAGGCAUACAGAUCCCGCCUCGGCCACGACCUUCCAGAACCGACCAAGAUCUCUGUACAUGGCUUGCUUCACCACCCCGUCGACACGAUCAAAGACAAGAUUUCUGCUCAGAGCAGCGACCAGGCAACUGCCAACAUUGCGACCAAGGAGAUCUCACAUGGUCAAGAGGUGGAACUUAUCAAGGCUGAGGAUCGUGUUGAAAGCGCAGCAACCAAGGAAGAACAGGCAGCUGCCAUUCAAGAGCGCGACCAUCUCAUCAAGGAUCGCCAAAACAUGUACGUCAGAUGGACCACGGAUCGUCAUGUCACUCAGUGCCGCGUACUACCCGACAAUAUUUCGAGAAAACCUCUGUCGGACUUUGAGCGCAGAACAUUUCAAGGAGACACUGCCAUCGACUGGAAUGAAUACGGGCGCCAUCUCACUCAAUACUACGCCCAGCAGUACGGCGGUCAAUACAUUGGCUACGGCUCAAGUCCGCCCGCUCCAACAAAAGAGUCCAUCAUGCCCAAUAUUGAACGGGUCAUCAUUGCAUCUGCUGCCUUCCAACGAGUCAUGAUGAUGACGCGACAGAUCUACAGAUGGGAGAAUCCGACCACAACAGCCGUCGUCCUUGUGCUUUACAUGACCUUGGUCUACUACGGUCUCUUACUGCCGGGCAUUCUAUCAGGCCUCGUCUAUCUGGUUCUGAGACACCGCAUGCUUCAAAAGACACUCGAAGAUGUUCGCGCUGACCUCGAACGCACCGAAGAACAGUCGCAGGACCCCCUCGAUCUCACAGAGUUCAUCGAGAAGCAACGAGAUGGAUCUUGGAUGGAGAGGCUCCAAGAAGUCAUGGGUCCUUGGGUCAUGAUCCAGCUUGCCGACGCGGCCAACAUGUUUGAGAUUCUGCGCAACCUCUACGAAUGGAGAGUGCCUAGUAGAACUAUGGCCACUCUUUCAAUCCUUGUGUCUGGCAUCGUCGUCACCACUUUCGUGCCCAUCAACAUCUUGGUCAAGUCAUCGUUGUUCGGUGCCGGUGUCGUCUUCUUUGGCUUAUUCCCUCUGGGCACCAACUUCCCAGAGUACCGCCUACUCGCUUCGGUGCCUAGACGUGUUUUUUGGAACAUCCCAACCCAUGCCGAGUGGGCCAUCAAGUCGCUCCAAGCAGAAGGAACCCGCUAACAGCAAAAGGAAAACCCAAGCACAGACGCCGCACUCAACAAAGACUACGGUUUCUACCCCACGCACAUCAACAAAGACAGAGGCCGUCUCAUCAUCAGUGCAAGAUCAAUCAGAUUCGAGACCAACAUUGGCCAUAAAGUCGAGUUUGUGCUCAACUAUGACCUACUUGCCAAGCUGGAAAAGAUUGAUCGCACCAAGAGCAAGAUGACUCCUGGAAAGGAUAGUGGAAAGGACCUGCGUAUUCAGAGCAAGCUUGGAGAUGAGGAGUGGGUGUUGGCUGAUAUGGAUGAUCGUGACCAGGCCUUUUCGCAGAUUGUGGGCUUCAGCAAGGCGUCGUGGCAGGUUGUUUGG